CAUAAUUACUUAAUUAGGGUUUCCAAAAACCUCCUGCGUCCUUCAAUGUCUGCCGUAGGCGAAAGCGAGGUCUCCUCCAAACCCACUCCAGUCAAACCCAAUGUCGCUGCGGCCACCACACCUCCACAAGCCUCCCAGUGCACCCGCCAGUUCAUCACCUCAGUCGCCUCCAAGAUCGCCUCCCAGCCCCUCCAGAAUUACGACCCUGGCGUCUGGGGUGUCCUCACCGCCAUUUCCACCCAGGCCCGCAAACGCAACCAGGGCAUAAACAUCCUGUUGACUGCAGAUGAGCAUUGGAUUGGCCGAACCGUGGACGAUGUACGUUUCCAGAUUGAUUCGAAUGCGGUUAGUGGAAGGCAUUGCAAGAUAUACAGGAAGAGGGCUGCUAAUGAAGAUACGAAACAUACAUCCGUAUGCUUGAAGGACAUGAGCACAAAUGGGACUUAUCUCAACUGGAUGAAGUUGACGAAAGUUGGUGUUGAAGCUGAAGUACAUCAUGGAGAUAUUAUAUCACCUUCAGCACCUCCUCAGCAUGAUCUUGCAUGUGCAUUCGUAUACAGAGAUGUUUCACUGUCCAGUCCCAGUACAGAUGGUGCAUUUGCAAAAAGAAAAGCAGAGGAUUUUGUCACUGAUAAUAAGAGAGUUAAAGGGAUUGGCAUUGGUUCUUCUGAUGGUCCUAUAUCUCUUGAUGAUUUUCGAAGUCUUCAACGGUCAAACACGGAAUUGAGGAAGCAAUUGGAAAACCAAGUCGUUACAAUUGAUACAUUGCGCAAUGAGACUCGUCUGGCUGUUGAGUGUCAUGAAAACGAAAAGAAAGAACUGAGAGAAUCGGUAGCAAGACCUUACCUUGAUCAACUCAGUGAGUUGCAAUGUGGUCUGGAGAUUAAACAGAAGGAGCUGGCGGAAGCUAAUAGAAUAUAUGCAGAAACAAAGCAUGCUAUCGAAGACCUUAAUGAAAGGCUCAGUGCUUCUGUGCAGUCAUGUUCUGAAGCAAAUGAAAUAGUGAAUAGUCAGAAAGCAUCUAUAGCUGAACUCAAGGCACAGUUGGAUGAAGAGCGUGCUCAGAGACGAGAAGAACGAGAAAAGGCUGCAGCAGAUUUGAAAGCAGCAGUGCAGAAAGCUCAAUCAGAGGCUGAAGAGGAUUUAAAACGAUUUUCUGAUGAUGCCACAAGACGACAAAGAGAGCAACAAGAAGUAAUUAAUAAGCUUCAGGAAUCAGAGAAAGAAACAUGUUUACUGGUGGAAACCUUGAGAACCAAAUUGGAAGACACUAGGCAAAAGUUGGUAGUCUCUGACUAUAAAGUUCGCCAGCUAGAAACCCAACUUUCCGAAGAGCAGUCAACCUCUGAAAGUCGAAAAAUUAGAGUUGAAGAACUUGAACAUGAGAUGAGAGGACUGAGGAAGGAGCUUGAGAGUGAAAAGCAGGCAGCUCGAGAAGAAGCAUGGGCUAAAGUUUCUGCACUUGAACUAGAGAUAAAUGCUGCUAUGCGAGAUCUUGAUUUUGAGAGACGAAGGCUAAAAGCUGCCAGAGAAAGAAUUAUGCUUAGGGAGACGCAACUAAGAGCAUUUUAUUCCACAACCGAGGAGAUUUCUGUACUGUUUACUAAACAGCAGGAACAGUUGAAAUCAAUGCAGAAGACACUGGAAGACGAGGAAAAUUAUGACAACACAUCAGCAGAUAUUGACCUCAAUGUGGUUAUUGAUGAUGUAACUGCACCUGAAGGCAGAGGAAAUGAAGCAAUCAGAUACCAUAGUAACAUUACUGCCAAGGCAGGGUCAGCUACAACAUCCCAGAGGUCUUUCAGAAAUCAAAUUGUAACUUCUAGUGAUGAAGUUAGUGUGACCGAGAAACAUGACUGUGAUAUCAGAAGCCAAGAAGGUCAACAUACCGAAGAGGCAGAAUUUACAAGUGCAGACCUUGGUGUCAAGGGUGCCUUUGGUUCUGAGAUUGAUGGUGUUGGCACAGCACCCAUUAUGGAGGGAGACGGCAUUGACACCGAGCAUGUUCCUGAAACUGAAAGCCCUGGAAUCAAUGGCGAGCAGAAUAUUGAUUUGAAUAGAAUUGUCACUUUAGAAGGGGAUACAAUGCAACUUGAUGAUGAAGCCAACGUACAAGAAAAUGAUGAGCAGGUUCCAAUGAUUUGUCAGGAGCGUCACUCACAAUCAAAUAGCCCCCAUGACACUCUCAAAGGUAUGGAAGAUACCGAAGCCUGUGGUACGAUCAGGACAGCAGACCUUUUAGCUUCUGAAGUUAUUGGUAGCUGGGCUUACAGCACAGCCCCUUCUGUGCAUGGAGAUAAUGGCUCCCAAAGAAGCAGAGACAACAAUGAGGAAGGUGCUGCUGCACCACACAACUCCACCGAUCAGGUGGCCGAGAGCCAAAGUACUCCAUCUUCUGAUGCUGCUGCCAGAAGACGAAAUCUUGAAUGUCAAGCACCCAAUUCCUCUUCACCCCGAUUCCAAAUUAGUAAACAUGCCCUAAGUGAAAUGAUUGGGAUUGUUGCUCCGGACUUAAAAGAACAGUUCGGUGGUAUUGUAGAUGAUAGUUGUGAUCACGCGAAAGAAAAACAAGGUUCUGCAUCCGACUCAGAUACUGAGAGCUGUUCAGACAACGAAGAAGAUAACAGAACUGAUGCCAAAAGCGGAUCAAUUUCAGAUUCAGAAACCGAGGGCAGCGAACGGGGUGAUGAAGAUAAAAAAUCUGGUGAUGCAAUGGAUGAAGAUGAUCAAGAUACAGAAGAUUCUCUUAGAUAAUAGGCGUGUAUGGGAGCACAAGUACUCCAACACCUAUCUGGUUCGGACUGGAAUGACCUGUAACUACUCGAGACGUAUCGGGAUUUUGCGUCUGUCCUUUUGUUUACUUUAUUCUUGCUCUUGUAGUUACGUUCACUGUUUAUAUUUGUAGCUUUCCUUUAUACCAAUUUCACAAAGAAUUUUGUUUCUUGA